AUGGCCACCGACGACGAGAAGAAUAGCGUCCACCAGGUGGCGACGACCAAUCUGGAGCACCCGGCACUGGCAGACAGUCCGUCGCCAGAUGCCGAGGCCAGCAGGCCUGUGGCGACCAUCGAUGACGACGCCGAAGAGACCGUGUCCUGGUCGACCUUGAUGGCUGUCUUUUUCAUGGGCAUGUCGUACGUCCCGUGCAUCAGUGCCGGCCUCCUGCUCCCGACGGGCAUCCUCCAGCAAAUCGGCCAGACGCUCGGCGACACGGACAACAUCCUGUGGAUCCCCGGCGGCUGGUCGGUGGCGUCGGCCGUUUCGUUUUCGAUUGCCGGCGGCCUCAGCGACAUUUUUGGGCGGCGGUACGUGCUGCUCUUUGGACAGCUGCUGACGCUCGUGGGCGGCAUCGUCGGCAGCACGGCGAACGCGACGACGACGGUGGCGGCCGGCGCCACCAUCAUCGGCUUUGGCGCCGGCGUCAUCUUUGUCAGUUACCCGGGCAUCCAGGAGCUGCUGCCCAACAAGUACCGCGGCGCGGGCAUUGGGUGGACCGAGUUCUGCAUCAACAUCCCCUGGGGCGCGCUCAGCGUAUACCUGGGCACGCAGCUGUAUGUGCACGCGUCGUGGCGGUGGUGCUUCUACAUCGUCGUCAUCUACAGCGUGUUUGUGACGGCCGGCACGGCGUACUUUUACUACCCGCCGUCGCGGCCGCAGCACGACUACGACAAGUCGCGCUGGGACGAGUUCCGCGAGCUCGACUUUGUCGGGCUGCUCCUGUUCGCCGCCGGGCUGACCAUCUUCCUCGUCGGCAUCACGUACCUUGGCCGCAGCGACUACUCCGUGCCCAUGGUGGCGGCCACCAUCGUGGUCGGCGCCCUCGUGUUUGCCGGCUGCUUCGCGUACGACUUUUCGUCCAUCCCGCGCAACCCCAUCUUCCCCCGGCACCUGUUUGCGCUGUUUCGCGAGUUCACCGUCCACCUCGUCAUCCUGUUUGUCAGCGGCAUGAUCUGGCAGGCCAUCGUCACCCUCGGGCCCCAGGGCACGCUGUACAUGUUCACCAACGACCCCAUUGACAUUGGCAUCACCAUGAUCCCCGCCAACUUCUCGGGCGUGCUCGGCGGCUGGAUCCUGCCGUCGCUCGUGCACCGCAUCAAGCACGUGCGCGUCCAAAUCCUGCUGGCGCUCGUGAUCCAGACCGUCUUUUCCGGCGCGUACGCUGCUGUCGUGCCCACCAACAAGGCCGCCUGGUCGGCCAUGCAGCUGUUUGGGCAGAGCUGCUUCACGUGGGUGACCAGUCUGGCGUACGUGGCGUCGGGCCUCUUUGUGCCCGUCGAGGAGCUGGGCCUGUCGGCCGGCUUGCUGGGCACCUUCCGCAGUGCCGGUGGGUCUGUCGGCAACGCCGUGUUCAGCACCAUUAUGAACAGUGCCGUCAACCGCAAUCUGGGUGCCAACAUUGUGGCCGCCGCGCUGGGCGCCGGCUUCAACGCCUCGGCCGCGGCCGGCAGUCUCAACGCGCUUGUGCCGGCCGUCAUUGAGAAUGCCGUCGGCGUGCCGCAUGCCUUUGACACCGUUCCUGGUGGCGUCAGCGAUGCCGUCAAGGCCGCAACAGCCGCAGCGUUCCGCAACACGUACGCCAGUGCCUUCCGUCUCGUGUUCUACGCCAUGGUGCCGUUUGGCGUGCUGGCGCUCGGCUGCGCGUGGUUUGUGCGUGAUCCGAGCCACCUGCUCAACAACCACGUGGCCGUGCACCAAGAGAAGGAGGUGCUGGCCGGGAUCGACCACCGGCACGAGAACAAGACGGUGGCUGCAGCGUCGGGCGGUGUGCGAGAGGCACCGACAGCGGCAUCAUGA